AGCAAGAUGGCCGCGCAGCCGUUGUGUGCUUAGUCACCUGACUCCAGAAGCGGAAGUCUCGUCUUGAGGGUGUAGUAUCAUGGCGACUCUCAAUUCUCGUCACCUGACGCCGGAAGAGGAAGUAUUCACACAGAGCUGGCAGUGAGUUUGUUUUGGUAUCCGCUGGAAUAUGGGUUGCGACGGGGGAACGAUUCCAAAGCGGCACGAGCUUGUAAAGGGGCCCAAGAAGGUGGAAAAGGUUGAUAAAAACGCAGAGUUGGUGGCCCGCUGGUUCUACUGCACAUUAAGUCAGGAGAGACUCAUUAAGCCAAUUGUGGCCUGUGAACUGGGCAGGCUGUACAACAAGGAUGCAGUGAUUGAGUUCUUACUGGACAAGUCACCUGACAAACCCCACGCCGACUCAGCUGCACAUAUUAAGGGCAUCAAGAGUAUCAUCGAACUGAACCUGAGCGAUAAUCCCGCAUGGACAGGGCGAAAAGGGAACACAAAAGGCGAUACAUACGAUGACCAGUGUGCUCAGUUUAUCUGCCCAGUGGUGGGCCUGGAAAUGAAUGGCAAACACAGGUUUUGUGUACUGCGGAAAUGUGGCUGCGUGUUCUCUGAGCGGGCGCUGAAAGAAAUCAAAACAGAUGUGUGCCACAAGUGCGGAGCCGGCUUUCAGGAAACUGAUCUGAUUUUGUUAAACGGCGACAAGGAAGAAGUGGAGGAACUGAGGAAAAAAAUGGAAGAACGAAGACUGAAGGCUAAAUCUGAAAAGAAAGGAAAAAAAACCAAAGCAGUUGAGUCUGUUUCAAGGUCUGAUCAAGGAGAAGAAUCUCCAGGAUCAUCGCAGAAGGAGAAAGAAGAUGCAAACAUUCCCAGAGACAAGAUCCAUUUUGUUUCCAGUGCCAAAACACAAGCAGAUUCACACUCAUCCUCGUCUGAUGCAGCCACCAAAUCUUCUACAUCCUCCUGCAGCAAAAGACCUGCUUCAAGCAGCGAGAGGAAGUCCGAGGCCUAUAAAUCCAUCUUCACAUCCCACAGCUCCGCUAAACGCUCAAAGGACCAGUCGUCCAACUGGAUCACCCACACUGCUUACUACUUCUAAGGCUCCUGUUCUGGAACGUAAAAUGUGGGUGCAGCUUGAGUGCGUCCUGAUUAACCUUUAACAAUUCUCAUCCAUUUGUAACCAUUUAAAAGACGUAAUACAAGUCCAAAGUCUACAAGUUAGACCUGUUAUCAGCCGCUGUCUUCGAUCAGUCACUGGUUUGGCAUCAGGUUUUUAACUUGUGGACUUUGGACUCAUUUUACAUUUGUUAUAAAGGGAUUGUUGGGAGGUUUAAAGGGCAAAAGACAUGAUUGCCCCCUGCAUUCUACAUUACAGCCUCAUUUGGACGUAGAGUCUGAAUAUAAGGAUCCUGAAAGCUUUGUUGUAUUUUUUAUUUUUUAACUGUCAAGAGGGGGUGGGGCAGCCCCAUAUAAACUGUUAUUUCCACAUGUUGAUAUUCUGUUGUAGUGGAGAAUAUCCCGGCCAUACAUUUCUCUUAAUAAAAUGGCUAAUAAAAAUA